AAUUACAGAAUAUUGAUUUAUUUACGAAAAUGUGAUUCGAAUAAACAAAUAUCGCUUGUAUUUUAUGGUAGUUUAUAAUCUUAGCCACCAUUCACAAAUCACAAUACUAACCCCGUAACUCAUCGACUGCAGAGGGUUUCUUCUUUCCGCCGCCCUUUAACCCUCUUCUGUCGUUGUACGCCGCAGGCUCAUCCAUGGCUUCCUCUCUCUGUUUCUUGCCCUUCUUACUAUUUGCUUUAUCCUCUGCUUCUGCUUCUACUUCUACUACUGCUGAUUUAUUACAAGGUGAAGAAAUUGAAGUUGUGGGGCAUGAUUUAUACCGGGAAUAUUUGAGGGAUGAAGCGGCCUCAAGAUUAAAUGAGCUGGGGAAGGUUAGUGAUGUGAAUGGCUAUCUUGAGAGGACUUUCUUGAGCCCUGCCUCUGUGAGGGCAGCAAACGUUAUCAGUCAAUGGAUGGAAGAUGCGGGGUUGAGAACGUGGGUAGACAUUAUGGGUAAUGUGCAUGGUCGGGUAGAUGGGAUGAAUGCAAGUGCUCCUGCUCUGUUGAUGGGAUCUCAUUUGGAUACUGUAGUCGAUGCUGGAAAGUUUGAUGGUGCUCUAGGUAUUGUAUCUGCAAUAUCAGCCCUGAAGGUUUUGAUGGUGACCGAGAAGCUAGAAAACUUAAGGAACCCAGUUGAGGUGAUUGCCUUUAGUGAUGAAGAAGGUGUGAGAUUCCAGUCAACCUUCCUGGGGAGUGCUGCCAUAGCAGGCAUCUUACCAGCUUCCACAUUGAACAUAUCAGACAAGAGUGGGAUAACUUUACAAGAGGUCCUUAACAAAAAUGCUGUUGGGGUAACAGAGGACAAAUUUAUCCAGCUCAAGUAUCAGCCAGAGUCUGUAUUGGGUUAUGUUGAGGUUCACAUUGAACAGGGACCAGUUUUAGAAGCAGCCGGUAUUCCUCUUGGGGUAGUCAAAGGCAUAGCUGGGCAGACACGGUUAAAGGUAACAGUCUCAGGUUCACAAGGACAUGCAGGAACUGUCCCCAUGUCUAUGCGGCGUGAUCCUAUGGCAGCCGCUGCUGAAUUGAUUGUAUUACUUGAAAGCCUUUGUAAACAACCUCAAAACUUUUUGUCCUAUGAUGAUGAUUGCAGUACAGUUGAAUCUCUUUUUGGUUCACUUGUUUGUACCGUAGGAGAAAUAUCAUUGUGGCCAAGUGCCAGUAAUGUUAUCCCGGGACAGGUGACAUUUACUGUAGAUUUACGUGCUAUGGAUGAUGCUGGCCGUGAGGCUGUAUUGUAUGAAUUAUCAGCCAGAAUGUACAAUAUUUGUGAUAAAAGAUCAGUUUCGUGUGUAAUUGAGCGCAAGCAUGACGCCAAUGCUGUCAAAUGCAACAGUGAAUUGAGUUUGCAGCUCCAGUCGGCUGCACUCACUGCAUUCAGAAAAAUGGCAGGUAACGUUGAUGUUGAUGUGCCCAAAUUAAUGAGUGGGGCAGGGCAUGAUGCCAUGGCUAUGGCUCAUCUAACUAAGAUGGGCAUGCUCUUUGUUCGUUGUCGUGGAGGUAUCAGUCAUUCACCUGCAGAACAUGUAUUGGACGAUGAUGUUUGGGCUGCUGGUUUGGCAAUCUUAGCAUUUUUAGAGAAUCAUGUGUAGAUUCAUGGCUAUGUUUCAAACAGCACAUCAAAUGUACAUAAUGUACCUGUCUGUUGUACAUAUAUAGACAAUAUCAGUUUAUUCAUAUUGGUUACAAUGCCUAUUAAGCGCUUUUGUUUGUUGUACCCUCUUGAUCCGUUAAAAUGUAAUAAUAAAUGUCAUUUUCAUUUGUAAAUGGCUUCA